AUGACCCUCAUUCUGCAUUUAGCACUUAAUGCGUUUGUUGCUGCUCUCCGCAUCGUCAUUGUCAUGAUCGUCUUCCCAAUCCUUGGGACUAAGCACGGAUGUGGUAGUGACGUCAUCAGCGGAAGUCGCGGGUUCUCGAUUAAACAGGCUCCUUUUUUUGUGCGGGGCAGUGGCAGAAGAAGUGGAAGCGGAGGAGCACGGAAUGAGAAUGGUGACAGAAAAGUUAAGGACGGAUUUGGACUUGGCAGUACACAAGCCCGUGAAGUCGAAAAAAGCGUUGGUGUCAGUAACGGGACGCAUGUCCUUCCCCGGAUUGUUGCUGAGCAACACAGUCAAGGAGGAGAGGGAGGAGGUGGCGAUAAACUCCCCAUUGACAAUGCGAGGGAUGAAAGAGCCGCGAACAAAUAG